CGGUGAGGCCGCCCGCCGGACUCGUCAUCUCAGAGCGACGGCGGAGGCGUGGUCCCGGUCACGGCCCCGGCAGCCUGGCCGGGGAUCAUGGCUGCUGUAGGGGAGUCCAGCCAGUGUCAGCCUGAUGCGCACACGCCGGAGACUCUCGCCGCCUCGGCCGCCAGGGAGGUGCUGAGCGGCGCCCUGCGCUCCCUGCCCAGGCUGACGGAGCAGCUUAACCUUGGAGAUGAUGUGGUGAAAAUUGUAAUCGAUUGGAGCAAGCUUCAAAGUACUUUGGCACUCCAGCCUACAUUGCUCUUUAGUGCACUUCAGCAACAUAUUUUAUAUUUGCAGCCUCUUUUAGAAAAACUCCAGUCAAUGAUUAAAGAGGAAAAUGUAAUCCCUGUUGAAGAGGCAGAUAAAACAGAAGGCAGGAAGUUGGAUACAAAUUCAAAGUUAUCUGAUAAUACCUCACAGAUAGAAGAAAAAUAUGCAAGUUAUGAUUCAGGAGAUCUGAAAGAGGCUCAUAUUAAUUUUGACUCAGAGGUGGUCCAGAUAAAAGCUGGAAAAGCGGAAAUUGACAGGAGGAUAUCAGCCUUCAUUGAGAGGAAACAAGCUGAGAUCAAUGAAAAUAAUGUCAGGGAAUUUUGCAAUGUUAUUGAUUGUAAUCAAGAGAACAGCUGUGCCAGAACAGAUGCAGUUUUCACACCUUAUCCUGGAUUUAAGAGUCAUGUAAAGGUUUCCAGAGUUGUCAAUACCUAUGGUCCCCAGACUAGAUCUGAAGGAACACACGGGUCCAGUCAUAAAGCAAAUAUCCUGCUUCGUGACUGUGGAAAUCAAGCGGUAGAGGAAAGACUGCAAAACAUUGAAGCUCAUUUACGGUUACAAACAGGUGGUCCAGUACCUAGAGAUAUUUAUCAGAGAAUUAAAAAGCUUGAAGAUAAAAUUCUUGAGUUGGAAGGAAUGUCCCCUGAAUAUUUUCUAUCUGUGAAUUUUUCUGGCAAAAGGAGGAAGGUCCAACCACCCCACAAAUAUUCACUGGCUGAACUUGAUGAGAAAAUCACUGCACUUAAACAAGCACUACUGAGAAAAACAAAUGAAGCAAAGUCCAAGGAAGCUGAUGAACUUCUUUGAUAUUUCCUAAAUAAGCUCAUCUCUUUUUAACUCUUAGACUUAUAUGAGUACUCUUCACCUGGGAUGACUUCAGUAAUGAAAAUAAGGCUUAUACAUUAA